AGACAGGAAACUUUUAAUGGGUUUUAAUCCAGGGUUUACAAUGUUUUGAAUCUGCAAUUCUGAAAUCCAAAGCAGAUCUGGAAAUUGAAUGUUUUUGGCAACAAAUUGGGUGGCAAAAUCUGAACUAUUUGUAGCUCUGUGUGCUGACGAGCAUUGUGAGUGCCCUGGAGGGGCAUCAAGCUUUUGCCCACAAAAUCCUUUCUUUCCUUGGAGCAUCUCAGUGGAGUUGUGUUUUGAGAAAUAGUGCCUGACAUAAGUUCGGUAUUGCUACGUAAGACCUCUUUAUUGUUUUUCUGCAUAACUUUGGAUUUUCCAAUUCAGUUUACUUUGACCCACUCUUUACAGUUUAAGCAUGCCAGGUGGUAACUCGAUGGCUUCGCAUCUUAAUGAUCGCAUCUAUGUGCAUAAUUCUUUGGGGUUCGUGGAGCAGUUUCACAUUCAUUAUCUUGUUUGGUCCUUAGUAAAACUCCUUCUUUAUUUUCAGCACUGAAGAAGUGGAGUCUCAGAGGUCACACAGCUGGCAUGUGGCAGAACCAGCCACGCCAUGCCGCCAUGCCGCUUUGAGGACCAGUGACCCUCAGGGACUUAGCAAAAUGCCAUCUUCAAAACAACUUGUCAAGAUCCUCACGGGCAGUCAGUGUCAUGUUUUAUAUCGCGUACAACCUGCAGCACAGGGCGCAGCAGGCGUGAGUGCCACUGUCUAGGGACUCUCCAUACCCUUCAGACGCAGGAACGGGAAUCUCAGCCAGCUGUCUCCUCUGUCCCAGGUUUCUCUCCAGUCUCACCUGAGGUCGAAAAGUCCGAAUGAAGUAGGUGAUAGUCCAUUGAUCUGAAGGGCAUAGUGGAUCAUGGGAUUUUGCUGAGUCUACACCAGGUGUCAAAGAGUCUGGUGCCCAAACCUUGGCAAGUGCCCGUGACUGAUUACCUCAUUGUCAGAAAAUGUGGGAGCCCGGCAGCGCUUGGGACCACCUGGCUCAGACUCUUCAUUCCAGACCAGACCACUGAGGCCCGGGCAGCGGGGUCCACUUACAGGACGUCGGAAGGCAGUGGGCAGGAACUGGGCUCCUUCCUGCCGGGCCGGCUUUUCGGAGGCUGGCGCUGGGGCUUCGGGACUUGAGGGCCUGAUCGCUGCGCAGGCCACGCGCCACCCGCAGAGGGCACCCGCGGUCCGCCGCGUUCCAGGGCGCGGGCUCUGGCGCUGGCCUCUCUGGCGCGCGAGGGUUUGCUGAGAUUUAACAGCGGGCCGUUACACUCACAGUGUAAGAACAGACUGACAAUUCCAGGGCGCUGGCUUUUAUGAAAAUAGGAAACGCCACGAUGCACUCUAACGUGGAGAUGGGUUCGUCUGUGACAAGAGGAAGCCUGUUUGAAAGGCAGAUUUCGGGAAAAUGUAGGGAGGCAAGAGCGUUGGCCGAGUUCCUCAGAAGUCCCUGAACAGUUCUGUUAUCCAGGGCGCCGUUCACAUUGAGAUGAGAGGUGGAAAAGAGAGCUCGCCCUUCUUGCAUUGUCACACGGAGCGGCCCUCUCCCCGUGCAGCGUGGAGUCCCCUGGGCGCAGGCGAGGCUCAGGCGGGACGCGGCGGAGACCGAGCUUGUCCCUGUGUGGACCCGGGCAACUGCCGGUGGGCGAGGCCUGGAUGGUGGCCAGGCCACAGCCACCCGGACGUUUGCGAGCGCCGAAGGUGGGCCUGGAGGCAGGGACCUGGCCCUGCGGGGCCGGUGCGUGCGGGGCCCGGCUGAGCCGCCGGCUCCACCGGCAAGGAACCGGGCUCCCGCCUUCCCUGCCACACCGGGAGUGUGUGAGGGGGGACCCUCGGCCGGCAGGGGGCGCUCUCGGCCACUCCAUCCGCCCGGUCACCGCGGGAUCCCGCUGCUCCAGCCCGCCGGUGCCGCCGUCCCGCCUCCUCCCUCAGCCCAGCUCUGCCUCCGCCUUCGCUCCCCGACCCCUCCCUUCUCCCUCUCAGUCCCGCAGGGAAGCUGGGCUGGGCGAGAGGGUGUCUCCUGGGUCCACCGUGGAAGCCCGAGGCGCGGGUGCGGAGCCAGCCCAGGGCUGCCGGCUUGAGCUGCAGGGCUGGCCUGGUGCUCAUCCUCUGCCCGGGGCGCGGGGAAGGCGAGGGUCGCUGUGCUGGAUCUGUGUGCUCAGUGGCCACGCGUCGGCCUCAGGAACGGGAACGAGGCGAGAGACACAGAUGUGCAGGAUCUGCGCUUGCAGCCACCUUACUUCGUGGGCUGUACCUGAGGUGACAGGCAGGGUCUUCUCUGAUGAAGUUACCCACACGAGUCACCACGGGAUGACGGUGAGCAGGUGCCACGGAAGAAUGCUCUCCCCAUCACCCGACAACUCCUCAGGUCGAGAGUACAUUUUCAGACCUCAGGCCUCUGUGACACCAGACAGUGGCACAAACUCAUGCUUCCCUCAGUUUCCACAGAAAACCAUGGAAUCAAGGAAAGACAAACAUGGGCAAAGGCACAGCAGGUGAGGUGUGGCCGUGUGAAUCACUCCGAUGGGACACGAGUGACAUGUGGACACCAGCUCCUAGAAGGGCACUGAAGAGCAGCGACACACUCCUUCCCAGCCCUUGCCUCCUUUCUCCGGGAAUACUGUGGUUAGACUCAGGACAGCCCCCUGGAGGCUGUGUGCUGAAGCUCUGUGCCUGAGCCGCAAAGAAAAAAUAGAACAUGGGCCCCUGAUGGAUGAUUUGACCUUUUAUUUCAACUUAAAAAAAUGUUUCCAAGUUUUCUCUGUUGUACUUUUUUCUACAUGCAUUCUUUUUUUGCCAUCCGUAAAAAAAUAAUUUGAGGCCUAUUUUAAAUCUUACUUUAUUGACUUCCAUGAUUUUCUCCUAUCACAG